AUGAGUAUGGAUCAUCUGAUCGGGCAGCGCUUUGCGCUGACCAGCAAGAUGAACAUUCGAUAUGUCGGCACAUUACAUCAGAUCAACCCCGAACAGCAGACGAUAGCUUUGGAAGACGUCGUCUCACUUGGCUCCGAAGACCGACCUGUUGAGCAUUUCGUUGCCCCGUCGAACCACCGGUUCGAGUACAUUGUCUUCAAAGGGACGGACGUGAAAGAUAUCAAAGCUCUUGAGGAAGAGACAGCAAAGCCUGAAAAUCAACAACCUCCAAACGACCCAGCGAUACUGAACUCAUCACGACCAGCGCAACCUCCUCCAGCUCCGCAAGAGCGUCGAGAAUCUCCCUACCCUCCACCCGGCUACCCGCAGCAAGGCUACCCUCCGUACGGUCCUCCACAAUUCGGUCGUGGCUAUGGCCCGCCUCCUCCAGGAGCCUUCGGUCCAGGUCCAGGCUUCUCACCAUACGGACCACCACCACCUGGCUACUUCGGUCCUCCAGGACAAGGCUUCCCUCCACCACAAUUCCAGGGUCCUCCUCCGCCGCCCAUAGAUCGUCCUGCUCAGCAGGUCCCUCCUCCGUCGACCCAGGCUCAACAACCCAAGCCAGCGCAACCUACACCAUCAACACAAGAACUUCCAGUCGAUAACAAAGAUGCACCUUCGCAACCCUCAGCAAGCAAGCCCUCGAAAGCACCACAGGCGCAGGCAGCUGCUCCAUCUCCAGCGCCAGCAGCAAUCCCGACCGGCCCCAAGACUACUACUAAGGGCAAGGUUGCGCCAGCAAUGCCCUUCACAGUGAACCAGAAGUCCUUCACACCUCCGGUCCAGACCGCUCCCUCUCAAGCGGCGCCAAAGCAGGGGCCGAGUAAAGCCGAGAUGGACGAGGCUGCUCAAAGAGCUCGAGAGGCGGUACAGGCUGCUAUGGCUAACGUUCCUGGGAAAGCGCAGCCCAAAUCCGCACCUGUACCUGUUCCGAACCCGGCCAGUCAUGGUACAUCUGUCGAAGCUCUGACGCGGAACGUUGCAAGCCUGACCACAUCAACAAAUGGCGCGCCACGAGGACGAGGCGCACAGAGAGGUCCACGAGGCGACUACACUCGCGGCCGAGGUGGACCUCAGGCAGGGCGAAAGAUCGAGAUCCCCAAAUCCGACUACGAUUUCGAGACCGCCAACAAGAAGUUCAACAAGGAAGAUCUGAUCAAAGAGGCAAUCGCGUCUGGCUCGCCAGUCGCGGAAGACGGGCCUGUCGACAGCCCGGAUGGUGCAGAUGAAGGUCCCGAGCGGAAGAACAGUCUUGGCGCAAGCAAGGCGUACAACAAAUCAAGCUCAUUCUUCGACAACAUCAGCAGUGAGGCUAAAGAUCGCGAAGACAACCCAGACCCUCGGUCAUACGCUCGGCAGCAGCGGCAGGAGGAGUUCAAGAGGAACGUCGACACCUUCGGCCAGGGCAAUGUCGAUGGUGGCUACCGAGGACGUGGACGAGGUGGCUAUCGUGGACGGACAUAUGGUGGUAAUCGCGGCUAUCGAGGCGGCUACAGAGGCACUGGAGGUAGAGGAGGUGCUCGUGGUGGCGCUGAUGGCAGCACUGGGGUUCCUGCUCCUCCGACCACGCUUCCUACGGUGCUAUCGUAG